CGCAGCGUAAACAAGGCGGCCUCGGCGUCCGAGGGCGACUCCCUGACAGAAGUUCCCGCCUGCAGGACGCGCUCGCCCUCAGGCAUGAUGGUCUUCGGCGUGAAGCCCGAGUGCGUGCGGUGCAAGGCGACGGAGUGCACCCUGUGGCGGCGGGACGAGCAGGAGCAGGUGCUGUGCACGGCCUGCUUCCCGAGCGGCCAGGCGGCCCCCCCGCCGCGGACGCCCCCCAAGGCGCCGGGCAGGGAGGCCAGGGAGGCCAGGGAGGCCAGGGGGGGCGAGGACGACGAGGACGAAGCCAGGAAAGACGACAAGGCGGACGCCGAGGAGCACAAGGACGCCGACUCGAGCAACGGCACGGGCGGGAAGGACGAGGACCACGAGGGCGAGAAGGACAAGGAGGCGGGCAAGACCUCGGAGAAGAGGGAGACGAAGAGGAAGACGAGGAAGGGGCGCCAGGGGGGCAAGGGCAGCGUCCCGAAGGGCAAGGGGCGGCGGUAUAUCUUUAAGAAGAGCGCUACUAAAGCACCUGUGGCGGUUGCUACUCCGGUCACAUCAGAAUAUCUUUUCUAUAAGGGUUUAUACUAUCAAGUAGGGGACAUAGUAUCUGUCAUUGAUGUUGAUGGAGGUACAUACUACGCUCAGAUCCGUGGCUUGUUACAAGACCAGUAUUGCGAGAAGAGUGCCGUGUUAACGUGGCUAAUACCAACAAAAAAUUCUCCACCCCCCGAAGAAAGUUUUGACCCUUCGACUUAUAUAAUAGGCCCGGAAGAAGACAUACCUCGAAAACUAGAAUAUAUGGAAUUCGAAUGCCAUGCACCAUCGGACUACUUCAAGGACCGAACCUCUCCUUAUUCCACCAUGACUUACCAACCCCAGUCGUGCUUUAUCUGGUCGAGAUUAGGCCCUCAGAUAAAGCCAAUAGAAAAAGCGAAAGAACUUAUGGCAAAAUAAGACAUUUUUUGUAUAUUUUAUAAAUAAAUAUUGUAUUAGGAUCGAUUUUUAA